AUUCGCUCAUGUGAGUAUUUUAGCAAGGAUAAGGACAAUUUUUCAAAGUCGACACACCAUUUAAAUAAUAAUUUAUCAAAACUGUAUAAGAUCGAUGAGACACGGUAAACAAAAAGCUUAGACAGGGUGGGCCUCAGUUUGGGCUUUUAUUCAGAUUAAAUUCUCCAGGAACUGAAUCGGGGUCAAAAGAAGGAAAAAAAUAAUAAUGGCAAACCAAGCUAGUCGAUGGGCUUUAAGGUUGGUGCUGCUGGUAUUGAUUUGCGUUGUAGCAUUUUAUGUUGGAAGACCUCUCUACUGGAAGCUCUCAGCUACUCUACAGGAGGUUAGGGAGAAGAACUAUGAUGCCAAGGCCGUGAGGGAUGGCAUUACACAGCUAAUGUAUUCAGCUCAGAAAUCGGUGGGAUGGUUCAAUGACGAGUCAGAUGCAGGAGUGAAUGAGAAAUCAACCAAGAAACUAGCUAAGAAGGUGGACAAAACCAAAAAGGCGAAUUCUCGGAGACUUGCUUAUUUGUAGGUAGAAAUCAGGGAAUUUUACUUAGGGCAAGAGGCUUAGAGAAUUGGAUUGAUUCUAAAUGGGAGAGGGGUGCUGUUGCUUUUUGAAUAAUGGUGGGGGUAAGUAGUUUCUAUUUAAUGGCUCUUAGAACUGUUGAUUUUGUAAACAAGGAUAAACUAUAUGAUAAAUGUAAAGCUCUAAUAGUAUAUAUUCUUAUGAAUGCAUAAAGCUUGAUUAUA